AAGUCAAUGCUACUCUGUUCUCAUUGCUGUAUAUUGAAAGGAAAUCACCUAGAAAAUCAACAGCUAUAAACCACACCCAAAACUCAUGAAUUCCAACACUUUAAAAGUACAUAACUUCGUACCAUAAAAUUCAUCAACCACAAAACCUCAUCAUCACAAAGAAAAAAAUUCAAAAACCUCAUCACCAAUAUGGGUUGGGCCGCACGCAUUUGUUGCACAUUAUGUUGUCUUAUAGUCCUCUUCGUAAUUACAAUCAUCGUCUUUUGGAUAAUAGUCUCCCCUUCAAGCGUGAAAUUUCACGUAACCGAUGCAACUCUCACCGAGUUCAAUCUCACAAACAACAACUUAUAUUACAAUUUCAAAGUGAAUGUCACAGCAAGAAACCCCAACAACAACAUCAUAGUCUAUUAUCGAAGAAUCAAGGCGAUUGCUUGGUACAAAGACAAUGAUUUCAGUCAUAUAACUUUGACACCCUUUGAUCAAGGACACAAGAAUACCACUUUUCUUGGACCUAUAGAAUUUAAAGGAAAUGCUUUCAUCAAACUUGGACGUCAACAACUUAACGAGUAUUCUGAAGAGACGCGUCUUAGGAUUUAUAAAGAUUUGGCUGUUGAUUUUGAUAUUCGAAUUAGAGCUAAGUAUGGAAGCUUCUAUAAGAGUGGUCGGUUUAAUCCACCGGUUCUGCAGUGUCGUCGUUUGAGAGUUCCUUUGGUUUCUUCUUUCAAUAGUAACUCGUCAUCAUCACCAUUUUUUUUUAGUACCAGAAGAUGUAGCAGUGGUGAUUUCUUUACAGACCGUGAUAUAAAUAAAGCAGCAACAGUUUGAUAUCUUAAGGUGGAUUAUACAACUUUUCUUCAUAUUGCACCUCACGAAAUUCAUGUUGUGAGUCACUUCAUUUGUUUUGUUUUAAGAAAUAUUGUAUUCAAUUAUUUUUAAUUUCGUUUUACAUGCUGUAUGUUCUUGCCUUCUUUUUUUAUUUAAUUUUUAUAUAUAUAUUGAAACACUUAGACCUGAGCACAAGUUUACAAGGAUAAGCUUCUUAUAGAAGUUACAAAACUUUGAUGGAGCCAAAGUCUUCUACAUAUUGCAGAACAAGCUAUAAUCCAUAUGAGAUUUUAUUUGUGUUGAAGGGAUUACUGUGGUUUUGUUAAUAUAAUUCAUUUUGACUUGUUCAAAAUAA